AUGAGAUUAUGGCGAUGGAGAAGUGGCGCGGCGGUCUGCGCCCUCCUUCUCGGCGGCCAGGUUUCGCGAGCGCUCGAGCUAGACCUUAAUGAUGCCUCUUCCAUCAAACGAGCCGCAAAAACCGCCGCGGAGGGAAUGCUCGCCUACUACACCGGAGGAGUGGAGGGUCAAGUCGUCUCCCAGAUGCCCGGCGUCCUCCCCGGCCCAUACUACUGGUGGGAGGCGGGAGCGAUGAUGGGCUCCCUUAUCGAAUACCACUACUACACCGGCGAUACCUCCUUCAACUCCCUCGUUACCGAAGCAAUGCUAUUCCAAACCGGCCCCGACGCCAACUACAUGCCACCCAACCAAACCCAAUCGCUCGGAAAUGACGAUCAAUGCUUCUGGGCUCUGAGCGCCAUGUCCGCCGCCGAAACCCGAUUUCCCAAUCCCGGACCCGAAGAGCCACAGUGGCUGGCGCUCGCACAGGCCGUCUUCAACACCCAGGCGCAUCGCUGGGACAUGAGCUCGUGUGGCGGCGGCUUGAAGUGGCAGAUAUUCGCCUUCAACCUGGGCUACGAUUACAAAAACGCCAUUUCGAACGGCUGUUUCUUCAACCUCGCCGCGCGGCUCGGCGCCUACACGCACAACGACACAUACUUGGAGUGGGCGAACAGGGUAUGGGACUGGGAACACGCCGUUGGCCUGAUCGGCGAGAACUACAUGGUGUAUGACGGAACGGGCGAUUUGGAGAACUGCACUUCGCUCAGCCACAUCCAGUGGACAUACAAUGCCGGCAUCCACAUCUUAGGCGCGGCAAUGAUGUGGCGCGAGACGACCGGCUCCCAGCAAGCACUCUGGCAGACUCGUCUGUCCGCCCUCCUCGAGUCAGCCAAGGUCUUCUUCACCGGCGACAGCCCUACCAUGUACGAGGCUGCCUGCGAACCGCCGGGAAACUGCAACGUCGACCAACUCUCCUUCAAAGCCUACUUCUCCCGAUGGCUAGGCGCGACCGCGAAAAUCGCCCCUUUUACACACGACAUCAUCCUUCCGCUACUGCAGUCCUCGGCACAAGCAGCCGCUCUUUCAUGCACGGGAGGGAUACAAGGCACAUUGUGCGGCAUGCGAUGGACGGCGGGCACAUGGGAUGGCACCGACGGCGUCGGACAGCAAAUGUGCGCUCUCGAAGUCAUUCAGACCAACCUCCUCGAUUCUGUCCCCGCACGUGUUUCCGAUGGGAAUGGAGGCAUUUCACAAGGCAACCCUUCCGCCGGAGGCGACACGAACGAUAACUUUGUGCAACUGCGCCCCAUUACCACAGCAGACCGCGCCGGUGCGGGAAUCUUGACCGCGGUGGCGGUGAUCCUCACCGUAGGCGGCGGAGGAUGGUUACUUUCUUGA